UCUGCUCCCGCGCUCUCCCGCAUCCACACUCAACCGCACCCACCCCCAUCAUCUCAUCUCCAUCAAUGGCUACUGCACCGCGGUCCACUACUUCUGAGAAGCCUAAGUCUUCCGCCACGGACAAGCCCAAGUCCACCGCUGAGAAGCCCAAGUCUGCUGCGGCGGACAAGCCCAAGAGGGCCACUAAGGAUCGCGCUACCAAGGAACCUAAGGAGAAGGUUGUGAAGGCAAAGCCUGCUACUGUUAAGAAGCCCAAGGCUGCUGCCGCCGCGAAGAAGACGAAGGCGACUGCUCAGGAUGACGGCAAGUCGCACCCGUCCUGGAAGGACAUGAUCAAGGAGUGCAUCAUUGCCCACAAGGAGGAGGCCCGCUCCGGCGUGUCGCGGUCCACCAUCAAGAAGUUCGUCAGCGAGAAGUACGGUCUCGAUGCGACUUCGGCGGUCAACCUGUCCCACCUCAACCGCGCUAUCACCAACGGAGCUGAGGAGGCGAUCUUCGCUCUUCCCAAGGGCCCCUCCGGCAAGGUCAAGCUCGCUCCGAAGAUCAAGCCGGCCCCCGCGAACGAGAACGACGAGCCCGCCCCGGUGAAGAAGGCAGCUCCUGCGAAGAAGGCUGACGCGCCUAAGAAGGCCCCCGCGAAGCCCGCCGCUGCUGUGAAGAAGGCUCCGGCAAAGACUGCUAAGGCGGCGAAGGCAGCUCCCGCCAAGAAGGUCAGCAGCGCAAAGACCACCGAGAAGAAGAAGACCGCUGCUAAGGCUGCCGCGACAAAGGCCACGAAAGCCAAGACCGCCGCGAAGCCUGCCGCUAAGCCACGAGCGAAGAAGGCGGCUGCAUGAUUCGUUCUCCUUCGCGGUGUUGGUGGUCUAUCUUAUUAUCUGGCUUGUCCCUCUUCAUGUCGUGCAGCGUUCUACGGUCGUCGAUUUGUGUACUAGUAUAUUCCUACGCUACUGUGUUUGUGUCCAUACGUCUCUC